UCACCCUGCCUCCAAUGUAGAACAGGCAGUGAUGCUGAAGCUUUAUGAGGUAUGUGUUUGGCCUGGUUGAACCAGUUGGUCCACUCCUCAAGUGUGUAUUACUUGCCGCAGUGAACAUUUCCUAACAGUGAGGAGAGAACGGAGGUAAACACGGUCACAUCCAGUGAAAACUGUCUUUCAGCAUGGCAUGUUAUCACUGCUGAUACUGAACAAGGAUUUAAGUGCUCAUGGGAUACAAGAUGAUCAUGGGAGCACCUGGUACCUCUUCGAUUACGCAUGUUUAAUACAGAGGGUGUGGUUAACAAGGUUUGAGUUUUGGAGGCUUUUCAGUGUAAAUAUUUACAGAAAUGUCUAUUCUUCGAAGAAGCCUCUCUGACAGCCUGCUGCUUGAAGAUGACAGUGUCGAUGUAGAGGGUUUGGAAUACACAGACCAGCACUUUCAUGAAGAUAAUGAAAUUGUGGGUGCCAGUGGUCAGUUUGAUCUAAAGAGGAAUAAUCAAAAGAAGAAUGAAGCUGUGGACAUUUUGAAGUUGAUUGAUAAUGACAAGGAUAUAGCGAAGCAUGGUUUGAAAGCCAGCAGGAGCUUGGAAAGUCUGGAUAUCAAAGCUCCAAAUGAGGUGUGGAAAGAUUCAUAUGACAGGCUAUUCAAUGCUAAAGUCAGGAAAUACAUGAAAGGAAAUAAAACUGUUAAGGAAAACAGAUAUGGCACACACAGUGGGCCAGUGGCAACUCAAACACUUGACCGCAAAGGCAACGUAAACGUGGCAGCUUUUCUUGAGAAUGCAGAUCGGAUGCGUCUCACUCCAUAUGAAACAGAAUCUGACAAUCAAGUGGGGCCAUUCAUGGUACAUUAUGACAAGGAUUCUACAGGCGAAUAUGACUCGGAUAUGUUUCUACAAGGAUCUGACCUGGUGAGAUCAGCAAAGAUCAAAGCCAAAAUUGCAAGCGAUGUUCCAUCGGAUCAUCCCACAAUGAACUUGACCAAUGUUGACAGUGAAAUCAACAUACGUGGUGGAACAUAUACAGAUCCAAAAAUGGGCGUUGGUAUAAAUGCACCAAAUUCAAGUCUUACAAUGCCAAAUACCCAAGGCUCUCAGAUGAUGCAUCUCACAAAAGGACAUUUUAAAGGCCCAAAAGCAGUGCUUAAUUCUUCUGAUAUGGAUAUGGACGUACCAUCAGUUGAUCUCAAGAAGCCAAAAUUUAAACUGCCAAAGUUUAGCCUUUCUGGAAACAAGAACGCUGACAUCAAUUAUGAUGGCAGUAUGAAGGGGUCAAAAUUGGCAUGGUCAUCCCCAGAAGUAGAUGCAGGUCUUAAUGGUUCUAACAUACAAAUUGAUGGACCAAAGGCUGAUUUCAAAGGUCUAAAAACAGACCUUCCAGACAUCGACAUGCCAUCUGGAAACCUGAAGACACCUACUUUCAGCAUGCCUGAUUUCGGCCUGUCAGGACCCAAAAUAAAAACACCAGACUAUGAUCUGAAAACCCCUGAAAUGAAUCUGUCUGCUCCCAAAUUUAAGGGAGACUUUGGUUCACCAGACAUCAACAUCACAGGUCAUAAGCCGGAUUUCACAGCACCUGACAUGGAUGUCGAUAUUCCUAAAGGUACAUUUAAAGGACCAAAUUUCAAGAAACCCAAUCUUGACUUGAAUGCACCUGACCUUGACAUAAAUCCUCCUUCUGGUAACCUGAAGCUGCCAAAAUUUAGCUUUUCUGGUAGCAAGCCAGAAGGACCUGAUCUUAAAAUCAAAUCUCCAGACCUGAAUCUCAAAAGCCCCAAAAUUAAGGGAGGAAUCGAUACCCCAGACAUGGAUCUGACUCUGCCUCAAACUGAUCUGAAAGGCCCAAACCUAGAUAUCAAAACACCUGACAUUGAUGUUAAUGGCCCUUCAAGUAAAUUUAAUAUGCCAAAACUAAAGAUGCCCAGUUUUGGCCUGUCAGGUUUGAAAGGACCACAUAUGAAUGUGGAUGCAGACAUUGAUAAGCCAGACCUCAAUCUGAGUGCAUCAACUCCUAAACUAAAUGCAGGAAUAAGGAGUCCAGAUAUUGACAUUCAUGGACCUAAUGUCGAUCUCAAAGGUCCAAAAACAGAUCUUACGCUUCCAGAUAUGGACAUGCCAUCUGGAAAAAUGAAAAUGCCAACUUUCAAGAUGCCUGAUUUUGGUCUUUCAGGACCCAAAAUAAAAACACCUGACUAUGAUCUGAAGACCCUUGACAUGGAUCUGUCAGCUCCAAAGUUUAAGGCAGACUUUGAUUCCCCAGACAUCGACAUCAGAGGUCAUAAACCAGAUAUCACGGCACCUGACAUGAAUGUUGAUUUCCCUAAAGGUAAAAUGAAAGGACCAAAUUUCAAGACACCCAAUCUAGAUGUGAAUGCAACUGACCUCGACAUAAAUGCUCCUUCAGGUAAACUGAAGCUGCCAAAAUUUGGCUUUUCUGGAAGCAAGCCAGAAGGACCUGAUCUUAAAAUCAAAUCUCCAGACCUGAAUCUCAAAAGCCCCAAAAUCAAGGGAGGAAUCGAUACCCCAGACAUGGAUCUGACUCUGCCUCAAACUGAUUUAAAAGGCCCAAACCUAGAUAUCAAAACACCUGAUAUUGAUGUUAAUGGCCCUUCAGGUAAAUUCAAUAUGCCAAAACUAAAGAUGCCCAGUUUUGGCCUGUCAGGUUUGAAAGGGCCACAUAUGAAUGUGGAUGCUGACAUUGAUAAGCCAGAUCUCAAUCUGAGUGGAUCAACUCCCAAACUUAAUGCAGGGAUAAAUGGUCCCAAUAUUGACUUACAUGGACCUAAUGCUGAUUUCAGGGGUCCAAAAACAGACCUUACACUUCCAGACAUUGACAUGCCAUCUGGAAAAAUGAAAACGCCCACUUUCAAGAUGCCCGAUUUUGGUCUCUCAGCACCAAAAAUAAAGACACCUGAUUAUGAUCUGAAGACUCCUGAAUUGGAUCUGUCAGCUCCAAAGUUUAAGGCAGAUUUUGAUUCCCCAGAUGCCAACAUUGGACUUCAUAAGCCAGAUCUCACAGCACCUGACAUGAAUGUUGAUCUCCCAAAAGGAAAAUUUAAAGGACUAAAUUUCAAGAAACCUGAUUUAAAUGUGAACACACCUGAUCUCAAAAUGAAUUCACCAUCAGCUAAAUUGAAAAUGCCAAAAUUUGGUUUCUCAAGUAGCAAGCCAAAAGGACCUGAUCUUAAAAUCAAAAGCCCAAAGCUGAAUCUUACAAGCCCCAAAAUGAAGGGAGGAAUCGAUACCCCAGAUAUGGAUCUGACUGUGCCUCAAACUGAUUUAAAAGGCCCAAACUUAAAUAUCAAAUCACCUGAUAUUGAUGUCAAUGGCCCUUCAGGUAAAUUCAAUAUGCCAAAGUUAAAGAUGCCCAGUUUUGGCCUGUCAGGUUUGAAAGGACCACAUAUGAACAUGGAUGCUGGUAUUGAUAAGCCAGAUCUUAAUCUAAGUGCAUCAACUCCCAAACUAAAUGCAGGAAUAAAUAGUCCUGAUAUUGACAUUCAUGGACCUGAUGUUGAUCUUAAAGGCCCGAAAACAGAUCUUAAACUUCCAGAUAUGGACAUGCCAUCUGGAAAAAUGAAAAUGCCCACUUUCAAGAUGCCUGAUUUUGGUCUCUCAGGACCCAAAAUAAAAACACCUGAGUAUGAUCUGAAGACCCCUGACAUGGAUCUUUCAGCUCCAAAUUUUAAGGCAGACUUUGAUUCACCAGACAUCAACAUCAGAGGUCAUAAGCCUGAUAUCACAACCCCAGACUUGAAUAUUGAUUUCCCUAAAGGUAAAAUAAAAGGGCCAAAUUUCAAGAAACCAAAUCUUGAUAUGAAUGCACCAGACCUUGACAUCAAUGCUCCGUCAGGUAAACUGAAGAUGCCAAAAUUUGGCUUUUCUGGUAGUAAGCCAAAAGGGCCUGAUCUUAAAAUCAAAUCUCCAGACUUGAAUUUCAAAAGCCCCAAAAUUAAGGGAGGAAUUGAUACCCCAGACAUGGAUCUUAGUCUGCCUCAAACUGAUUUGAGAGGGCCUAACCUUGAUAUCAAAUCACCUGAUAUUGAUGUCAAUGGCCCUUCAGGCAAAUUUAAUAUGCCAAAGCUAAAGAUGCCCAAUUUUGGUUUGAAAGGGCCACAAAUGAAUGUGGAUGCUGACAUUGAUCACCCUGACCUUAAUCUGAGUGCAUCAACUCCCAAACUAAAUGCAGGGAUAAAUAGUCCAGAUAUUGACUUACAUGGACCUAAUGUUGAUAUCAAAGGGCCAAGAACAGACCUUACUCCUCCACACAUUGACAAGCCUUCUGGAAAAAUGAAAAUGCCCACUUUAAAGAUGCCUAAGUUUGGUAUCUCAGGACCAAAAGUAAAGACACCUGACUAUGAUUUGAAGGCACCUAAAAUGGAUCUGUCAGCUCCCAAGUUUAAGGCGGACUUUGAUUCCCCAGACCUUAACAUUAAAGGACAUAAACCAGACGUCAAAGGCCCAAACAUGAAUGCACCUGACCUCGACAUAAAUGCGCCUUCAGGUAAACUGAAGCUGCCAAAAUUUGGCAAGCCAAAAGCUCCAGAUCUUAAAAUCAAAUCUCCAGACUUGAAUCUCAAAGGCCCCAAAAUAAAAGGAGGGAUCGAUACUCCAGACAUGGAUCUGACCCUGCCUCAAACUGAUUUAAAAGGCCCAAAUCUAGAUAUCAAAUCACCUGAUAUUGAUGUUAAUGGCCCGUCAGGGAAAUUGAAUAUGCCGAAGCUAAAGAUGCCCAGUUUUGGCCUGUCAGGUCUGAAAGGGCCACAUAUGAAUGUGGAUGCUGACAUUGAUAAGCCAGACCUCAAUCUGAGUGGAUCAGCUCCCAAACUAAAUGCAGGGAUAAAUAGUCCUGAUAUUGAUUUACAUGGACCUAAUGUUGAUCUCAAAGGUCCUAGAACAGACCUUACUCUUCCAGACAUGGACAUGCCAUCUGGAAAACUGAAAAUGCCCACUUUAAAGAUGCCUAAGUUUGGUGUCUCGGGACCAAAAGUAAAGACACCCGACUAUGAUUUAAAGACGCCUGAUAUGGAUCUGUCAGCUCCAAAGUUUAAGGCAAACUUUGAUUCCCCAGACCUGAAUCUAAAAAGCCCCAAAAUAAAGGGAGGAAUCGAUACUCCAGACAUGGAUCUGACUCUGCCUCAAACUAAUUUUAAAGGCCCAAACCUAGAUCUCAAAACACCUGAUAUUGAUGUUAAUGGCCCUUCAGGUAAAUUGAAUAUGCCAAAGCUAAAGAUGCCCAGUUUUGGCCUGUCAGGUUUGAAAGGGCCACAUAUGAAUCUGGAUGCUGACAUUGAUAAGCCAGACCUCAAUCUGAGUGGAUCAGCUCCCAAACUAAAUGCAGGGAUAAAUAGUCCUGAUAUUGAUUUACAUGGACCUAAUGUUGAUCUCAAAGGUCCUAGAACAGACCUUACUCUUCCAGACAUGGACAUGCCAUCUGGAAAACUGAAAAUGCCCAAUUUAAAAAUGCCUAAGUUUGGUGUCUCGGGUCCAAAAAUAAAGGGGUCUGACUAUGAUUUGAAGACCCCAGAAAUGGAUCUGUCAGCUCCAAAGUUUAAGGCAGACUUUGAUUCCCCAGACCUGAAACUAAACAGCCCUAAACUAAAGGGAGGAAUCGAUACUCCAGACAUGGAUCUGACUCUGCCUCGAACUAAUUUAAAAGGCCCGAACCUAGAUGUCAAAACACCUGAUAUUGAUGUCAAUGGCCCUUCAGGUAAAUUGAAUAUGCCAAAGCUAAAGAUGCCCAGUUUUGGCCUGUCAGGUUUGAAAGGGCCACAUAUGAAUGUGGACGCUGACAUUGAUCGGCCCAACCUCAAUCUGAGCACAUCAGCUCCCAAAUUAAAUGCAGGGAUAAAUAGUCCGGAUAUUGACUUACAUGGACCUAAUCUUGAUCUCAAAGGUCCAAGAACAGACCUUACUCUUACAGAUAUUGACAAGCCUUCUGGAAAACUGAAAAUGCCCACUUUAAAGAUGCCUAAAUUUGGUGUCUCGGGACCCAAAAUAAAGACGCCUGACUAUGAUUUGAAGACCCCUGAAAUGGAUCUGUCAGCUCCAAAGUUUAAGGCUGACUUUGAUUCCCCAGACCUCAACAUUAAAGGUCAUAAGCCAGAUAUCACUGGUCCAGAUAUGAAUCUUGAUUUCCCUAAAGGUAAAUUUAAAGGACCAAACUUAAAGACACCCAACCUUGACAUGAAUGCACCUGACCUUGAUAUCAAUGCCCCUUCAGGUAAACUGAAACUGCCAAAAUUUGGAUUUUCAGGUAGUAAGCCAAAAGGCCCAGAUCUUAAAAUCAAAACUCCGAAGAUGAAUCUCAAAAGCCCUAAAAUGAAGGGAGGAAUAGAUACUCCAGACAUGGAUCUGACUCUGCCUCAAACUGAUUUUAAAGGCCCAAACCUAGAUCUCAAAACACCUGAUAUUGAUGUUAAUGGCCCUUCAGGUAAACUGAAUAUGCCAAAGCUAAAGAUGCCCAGUUUUGGCCUGUCAGGUUUGAAAGGGCCACAUGUGAAUGUGGAUGCUGACAUUGAUAAGCCAGACCUCAAUCUGAGUGGAUCAGCUCCCAAACUAAACGCAGGGAUAAAUAGUCCUGAUAUUGAUUUACAUGGACCUAAUGUUGAUCUCAAAGGUCCAAGAACAGACCUUACUCUUCCAGACAUGGACAUGCCAUCUGGAAAACUGAAAAUGCCCAAUUUAAAAAUGCCUAAAUUUGGUGUCUCGGGUCCAAAAAUAAAGGGGUCUGACUAUGAUUUGAAGACCCCAGAAAUGGAUCUGUCAGCUCCAAAGUUUAAGGCAGACUUUGAUUCACCAGACAUCAACAUCAAAGGUCAUAAACCAGAUAUCACAGCCCCAGACAUGGAUGUCGAUAUUCCUAAAGGUACUUUUAAGGGACCAAAUUUCAAGAAGCCCAAUCUUGAUAUGAAUGCACCCGACCUUGACAUCAGUGCUCCUUCAAGUAAAUUUAAGCUUCCAAAAGUCGGCUUCUCAGGUAGCAAACCAGAUGGACCUGAUCUUAAAAUCAAAUCUCCAAAGCUGAAUCUCAAAAGCCCCAAAAUAAAGGGAGGAAUCGAUACCCCAAACAUGGAUCUCUCUCUUCCCCAAACUAAUUUGAAAGGCCCGAACCUUGAUAUCAAUUCACCUGAUAUUGAUGUCGAUGGCCCUUCAGGUAAAUUGAAUAUGCCAAAGUUAAAGAUGCCCAGUUUUGGCUUGUCAGGUAUGAAAGGGCCACAUAUGAACGUGGAUGCAGACAUUGAUCAUCCCGACCUUAAUCUGAGUGCAUCAGCUCCCAAACUAAAUGCAGGGAUGAACAUUCCUGAUAUUGACAUUCAUGGACCCAAUGCUGAUUUCAAGGGCCCAAAAACCAACCUUGCAUUUCCAGACAUGGACAUGCCUUCUGGAAAACUGAAAAUGCCCAACCUCAAGAUGCCUGAUGUUGGUUUCUCGAGACCCAAAAUCAAGACGCCAGACUAUGAUCUGAAUGCCCCUAAAAUGGAUCUGUCAGCUCCAAAGUUUAAGGCAGACUUUGAUUCACCAGACAUUAAUUUCAGAGGUCAUAAGCCAGAUAUUACAGCUCCAGACAUGAAUGUUGAUGUGCCAAAAGGUCAAAUUAAAGGACCAAAUUUCAAGAAACCCAAUCUUGAUUUAGAAACUGCAGACUUUGAUAUUGAUGCACCUUCAAGUAAAUUUAAACUGCCAAAGCUGGCCCUCUCAGGCAGCAAGCCAGAAGGACCUGAUCUUAAGGUCAAAUCUCCAAAGCUGAAUCUCAAAAGCCCCAAAACAACUGGAGGAAUUGACACCCCAGACAUGGAUCUGACUCUGCCUAGGUCUGAUUUGAAAGGCCCAAAUCUAGAUAUCAGAUCACCUGAUUUUGAUGUCAGUGGCCCAUCAAGUAAAAUGAAUAUGCCAAAGUUAAAGAUGCCCAGUUUUGGCCUGUCAGGAAUGAAAGGGCCACAUAUGAAUGUAGAUGCUGACAUUGAUCAGCCUGACCUUAACCUGAGCACAUCAGCUCCCAAAAUAAAUGCUGGAAUUAAUCGUCCUGAUAUUGACAUCCAUGGUCCUAAUGUUGAUCUUCAAGCUCCAAGAACAGACCUUAGACUUCCAGACAUGGACAUGCCAUCUGGUAAAAUGAAAAUGCCUACUUUUAAGGUGCCUGAUAUUGGUUUCUCAGGACCCAAAAUAAGGACACCUGACUGUGAUCUAAAGACCCCUAAAAUGAAGACAGACUUUGACCCCCCAGACUUCAGUAUCAGAGGUCAUAAUCCAGAUUUCACAGCCGCAGACAUGAAUGUUGAUUUCCCUAAAGGCAAAAUAAAAGGACCAAAUUUCAACAAACCCAGUGUUGAUGUGAACGCACCAGAUUUCGACAUUGAUGCUCCUUCUGGGAAUCUGAGACUCUCAGGAAACAUGCCAGAAGUAAGAGAUCUUAAAUACAGCUCUCCAAAGAUGAAUCUCAAAACCCCCCGAAUGAAAGGAGGAAUUGAUAGCCCUGAUUUUCAAGGCAUGGUUUCUGAUGUUGAUUUUGGUACCUAUUCACAAAUGCAUGCUAACAGCUUUGAAGUUCCAAGAGGUAAAACAAAGGCAGCCAAAAUGUAUGAUUUUGAUGCUCCUUCAAGAGACAUCAGAAUACCGACUCAGAAAUAUGGUGCACCAGAAUUUAACAUGCAGGACCCCUUUUACGACUUCAACAGAGACAUGAAAGUUUCAGGAAAAGCUCAGUGGCCUACAAUGCAAAAACAUCUUGCCGGCCAGACCAGAAUCUCUGGAGUAGGUCCAACAUCACCAGAUGUUUACUACAAUGAUAUGUCUGGGGCACUCACGUCAAGACAUCAUAACACAAAAGCAGGGAUGCCUAGAAGAGAUGGAUGGGGAAACGGACAAACUGACUAUAGACGCAGACAGACAAUGAGACACCUGCAAAUACAUGCAAUGGAUCUGGAGGUUCCACAAAGCACUUUGAAAGGCUCGAAAUUCAACGUUCUUAAACUAAUAUAGUAGGAUUAUUAAAAAGAAGGGAUGUGGGAGACAAGAAUGAGCUUGUCUUUGGUAUUCAUGUUUACAGGGCUGAUAAGAACUAAUAGCAUAUUGAAAACUAUCAAAAACUUAAAGUAGAUAUUGUAAAUGGGAUUGAGCAAACUUUUUUUCUACACUACUUUUUAACACUGAUGAACAAACCUUUCCAAAAUGGAGACGUUAUAUUUGAAAUGUUAACAUAUACUUGCACUUACAGUUUCAUAGAUAAUUAGGCUCAUUUUUUACAAUAUGUACAAUAUGUAUGACAAAAUAUAUGACAAUAUUAUGUGGAUCUUGCCUGAUUAAAUAUUGUAAAUCAUAUACAUUUUGUAAAUUGUGUAAAAUGCUACAGUAAUGUAUAAAUACAGUGUGGAUGAGAUAUACACAUGUAAAAAGUUUAAUCUGGAAAACGGGUUGUCUGGAGAAUGUCUCUUGUUUCUUGCCAGGUUUUUUUGUUUGUUUUUUUUUAAAGUGACUCAUCUGGUUUCACACAUAUUUUAGCAAUGUUAUGCUCGUUAAUACAGUAAGCUACACAGGGCU